AUGCUCGACGCCUCGCCUAAUCAGUACACUCUCAAAAACUGCCCCGCCGCGAAAGAAUCAAUGCUAGAGGCACGGAAAGAGAGGCGAAAGUUUCGAACUAAGGAAUACCAACUUCAAGUGGCCGAGGCGGAAAGCAAGCUGCAGUUGGUCAACAUGAUCCUAAUGAGCUUCUCCGCUGAACAAAACGCCUGUGUUGAUCAGCGGGUGAGCCUCGGACAG